GUUUGUUUUAGAGUUUAGUGCUUUGGUCUUGACUGUUUUGGCUGUCUCUCGACUUCAGCUUUCUGACUUAGUGUGGGGAUUUUAACAACUGGUAAACAAGUUCAAAUUAAAUAAAUUCAGACUCAGAGGCUUUCCUGAAGUGUAAUCUUCCUCAGAAACGAAAGAUGAUGCUAAUCCUUCUCUGUAUUCUCCUAACUACUGGAGGGACAACAGGACACCGCAGUCCUCUGAAUGAUUACCAGCGCUCAGAGGGCAGAGAGCUCGUUCCGACCACAUGGAACCUAGCUCGGAUGCAGAUGUUGCCAGGUUUGAGCCUGGAGGAAUGUGCAAGCCGCUGCUUGAACUCCUUGGACUGCAGAGCUUUCAACUAUGAGACCCGUCCGAUUGGUACUUGUAAACACCUGCCCUGGGUGGCUGACGGAAGCAACGCAGAAGUCAAGAGAAACGUCAACUGUGAUCUUUAUGAAAAGAAAGUCUAUGUAAGAAAGUGCAUUGUAGGCAAAGGGGAAGACUACAGAGGUAAAGUUUUCACCACAAAGAGUGGGCUCACCUGUCAACAGUGGUGGUCCAAGUUUCCUCAUGAUCACAGGUGGACUCCCACCCCUACCAAUGGUCUGGAGCUGAACUACUGCAGGAACCCAGAUGGGGACCGUAUCGGUCCUUGGUGCUACACCACCGACCCUGAGCGACGCUACGAGAGCUGCAACAUCCCCCAGUGUAAAGAUGAGGUCUGCAUCACCUGCAACGGAGAAGACUACAGAGGGCAGGUGGAUCACACUGUGAGUGGCAAGGAGUGUCAGAGAUGGGACCAGCAGUACCCUCAUCAACACAUCUACCAGCCUGAAAAGUACCCUGACAAGAGUUUGGAUGAUAACUACUGCCGUAACCCUGAUGCAUCUCCGGUGCCGUGGUGUUACACCACAGACCCUGAGACAGAGAGAGAAAAAUGUGACAUCAGUAGAUGCACUGAAGUCCGUGUGGAGAAGAGGCAGCGCUCCAGCUUCACCACCAACUGCUUCCGAGGCCGAGGGGAAGAUUAUCGUGGCAAAGUCAACGAGACAACGUCUGGAAUUCCCUGUCAGAGAUGGGACUCCCAACAACCUCAUGCACAUCCCUUUAUCCCAGACAUAUAUGAGUGCAAGGGUUUAGAGGAGAACUACUGCCGUAACCCAGAUGGUUCAGAGGCCCCCUGGUGCUUCACUUCAAUACCAGAGAUGAGGACUGCCCUUUGCCUACAGAUUAAGCGCUGUGCUGAUGACAUUGAGGCCGAGGACUGCUACCAUGAAAAUGGAAGAAACUACAGAGGUGUUGUCCGCAAAACUCGCAAAGGCAUCACCUGUCAGAAAUGGAAUGUGAACACACCUCAUCUGACCAAGAUAAACCCACGGACACAUCCGGAUGCCAACCUGACGGAGAACUAUUGUCGUAACCCAGAUGGGGACCAGCACGGACCCUGGUGUUACACCACUGACCCAAAAACUGAGUUUGAUUACUGCGCCAUUAAACAAUGUGCUGGAGAAAAAGUGUCCUUGACGGAAACAGUAGAGAAGGUGGAGUUCAGUGAGUGCGGGAAGAGAGACGACCGUCCCCAGCCAACCAGGUUGCGUAUCGUGAAUGGAAUCCCUGGGAACUCGCCUUGGACUGUGAGCCUCAGAGACAGGAAAGGAAACCACUUCUGUGGAGGAUCUCUGGUGAAUCCCAGAUGGGUGAUCAGCACAAAGCAGUGCUUCUCCUCCUGCUAUGUGGACUUGCCAGGAUACUCUGCCAUGAUGGGAACCCUUUUCCGUGAUCCGCAGGAAGGAGAGCCUGGUGUGCAAACGAUUCCUCUCACCAAGAUUGUAUGUGGACCUUCUGAGUCUCAGUUGGUCAUGCUUCAAUUGGAAUAUCCGGCACAGUUCAAUGAGCGUGUCUCUCAGAUAUGCCUCCCUCCUGAGCGCUACAUAGUGCCUGAGCACACAAGAUGUGAAAUAGCUGGGUGGGGUGACACAGGAGGGACUGGAGAUGAGACUGUCCUUAACGUUGCACAUGUGCCAGUUAUCAGUAACACUGAAUGCAACAAAUACUACAGAGGUCGCGUCCGAGAAAAUGAGAUGUGCACAAACUCUUUCCAAGCUGGAGUCGGUGCCUGUGAGAGAGACUACGGCGGCCCUCUGGCGUGUCAGAAUGCCGACUGCUGGGUGCUAGAGGGCGUGAUCAUCCCCAUGAGGCGCUGUGGACACCCGGGACAGCCCAACAUUUUCAUCCGUGUGUCUGUGUAUGUUGACUGGAUCAAGAAGGUCAUGGAGAUGGCUUAGCUGUCUGAUAAGGAACUGAAUGAAUGCUUUAACAUUCAAAAGACAUGAACAUUUGUAUCCAGUUAAAGAUUAAAACUAACUGUUUAGUUGGGAUUCAUCUACAGGGUUGCAUAGCUAUACUACAGUGUCAAUAGAAAGCCAGCUCAAAAUACAUGUAUCUUACUGUAAUUUUUUUAGGUACUUUUGUUUGCAAAGUUUUUAGAAUUAAUUCAUCCAGAAAAUUGUGUGUUUGUUUUUGGAUAUAUAUCACAUUAUGUUCUCCUUUUGUUUGAUGUAUUAUCAUGAUGCAGUGCCUGCAUUUUAUUUUUGUCUCAGAAAUCAACCCAAAUAUUAAGUUAGAGGAGCAGAUUGAUUUUCCCAUUUUUAGAUCCAGUGGUCAGUUUUGUUGUCAUUAAUAAUGCAAGCUGAUCAUAACUUAUUUCUCUGCCUCAAUGCAUUUACAGUAUUCUGUGUAGCUAUACCUUUACUGAAGGAGGCUGGGAUGUACCAAGUUUUUAUCAAAUAAAAAAAAAAGAUCAGAUAAAAGUGCAAAGGUAUAGACCAAUACCCAAUUACACAUUAGAGAAGCAGCAAAAAAAUAUCUGGCUUUCUGAGUUUAAAGUUCAACCUUUGGAUGCUUUGUUUGUUUUUUCCCUGUCCUCCAACUCUAGAAUGUGAACUCCAGACUUUAAAUUGAUGAAUAUUACUUCCCAGAUUUUAUUUUACGUCAAUUUAAAAUUCUGACUCCUGCUGUAAUAAAUACUCUUCCUGAUCAUAUCUAAUGAAUUUUGAAAUUAGCUAAGAUGUCAAACAAAAAGGUUUUUUUUAAUAGAGUGUGGUGCCUUGUAAAGAUUUUGUCCCAUAAGAGGCAAAAUAUUUCAGUAUGUUUUAUUCUAACAAUUUUUAAAUAGACUAACACAAACGAGCACACUCAGUUUGUGAAACUUUUUUGCAAUCAAAUAUGUGAAAUUUCAGCUUGUGUCUGUAUUCAGCAUGCCUGACUCAAUACUUUGUAGAACCAACUUUGAAUGCAAUCACAACUGGAACAAUCAUUUAGGAGACUCUUGUAGACUGGGACAUCAAGAAACUGAAAUUUGUCCGCACUCUUCUUGGCAAACUAUUUCAUGCUCCAUCAGACUCGAUGAUGCAAGUUUGUGAGUUUUAUUUGCGUGGAUCACCACAGUCUAAGUUUUAUUAUAUACAAUUAUCUUUGUAUUUAAACCAUUUAAUUGUUUCUCUGGCUUAAGGUUUCGGGAUUGUUGUUUUGCUGAGAUGAAAAUCUCUGCACAAAGUUGAACUAUUUAACAGGUUCCAAAAAGUUUUUAUCCGGGACUGUCCUGUAUUUAGCUUGAUCUUUUUUCCCAAAGGUAAUAAUCCCCACAGACUGGCGGUGCCACAACAUAAUUUACUGCAGGGAUGGAGUUAGUUCUUUGCCACAUCAUUUAUUUUGCUAAAGUCACCUUACAGUACAACAUCUGAGGCCUUCACAGAACAGCUGUACUUAUACAAUUUUUAUUUAGGAAUAUUAUGGUCUCCAACUUAAAAGCGCAAAGUAUAAAUAUCUAUCAUCGUUAUAAAAAAGGGGAAAAAAUACAGGAGUUGUAAAUACCUUUGCUAGGCACUGUAUAUAAGGAUAAUUUUCCAAUCUGAGAAGGAGAUUCUAAAACUUUGAUUUAUUGCAGAUUUAAAAAUCUGAAAAUUCUCCCUCUGUCAGUACUUCCUUUACUACACAAUUGUACACCUCCCCUGUUUCGCAUUGGCAUUGAGUGGGAGCUCCAAAAUACAUUCUUUGCCCCCAGCCUCUAAAAAGAAAUCCCUCCUCUGCCUGUCUUUUGAUGCCUGCCCCCACCUCCAAAGACAUGCCUUUGUGCCUUAUGCAGAACUGUAUGCACUGCACAUUCUUUCUAGUUCUAUAGGAGGAUUUUUGUUACCCGGUCCUGAUGAGCCCACGGAAUUCAGCUUAAAUAAACCUCAAGAUCAAGGUCUGACCAAAUCUCUGACUGCAGAGGGCUCCCUCAAUAUCUUGUUCGUUUUGGCAUCAACGUUUUACCUGUGCAAACAAUUGUGUUAUUUCUGCAAAAGCAGAAACUAACAGAGACAGAUUGUGGAUGUUGAUGGGUGAUUUAUCUUCACUUUGUCUUAGUAAUACAUAAAGACGAUGACAGGUCCAGUUCAUAAAUGAGUGCAGGUUCUACGCAGCAGUUGCAGAGGCUUCUGGUAACCCUGACUAAAAUGAUGAUAAGUGCUGUCACAAAAAUAUGCAAAUGUUUUUCUUGUUACUCUGUUUUGUGCAACUUAUGGCAAUAAGAAGCAGAGUUAUUUUUGGUGAAAUAAACGCUUUACCGUAUUAAUGUCUGAA